GCCUUUCCGAACAUGCUUGAAAAGACGUGACCGUGAGCCGAAACGGUGCUGGGCUGAAGUACGAAUUGUGAGGUGACUGAUUGGUCUGUGCAAGAGUACAUGGGGGUUAUGUACUCUUGGUCUGUGCAAGAACACUUCACCCUUUCGAUCUUGUUUCACUGGCUUGUCAUCUCUUUCGGCCUUUUCAUUUGAAUUUAAUUUUGCUGUUUGACUGCCUUGGUUGGCGGAAGGAAUUUUGUGUCCUCAGAAUAGUCGACCUGGCUACUUCUCUGCCUCAUUUCCCCAUCCAUACCUGGCAAGUUUACCAUCACAAGAUGUGAGGGCUGGCCACGCGCUGAGUCAUCUCCGGAAUACAAACUUUUGUUAGUUUCUCCCCCUCUCACGUACUCGAAGCCGGGAGGAGGAUGGAGCCCAUCGUUAUGAACACCACUGAGUUCGGUAACCUGUCAGCUGCAAGCUGGGCAUGCUACUCCCCGCUGAAUGCCACGUUCUGUCUAAGACAUUCCACAGUGACAGCACUCGCCAUCAUCACCUUACUGCUAGUGUUUUACAAGCUAUUUUUCUUCCACUAUCGUCGCCACUCUCUCUGGCAUCAGUACUUGAUCUUCUACGCCGCCGGCUUGGAGUGCAUUCUUCUUUUUAUUCACUGGAUACUAGUGGCCAAGAUUGAACUUGCAUUCGUCGCACUCUUUCUCAAAUCAGUACAGGCUCUGACAGUUGUAUAUUUUUACUGUUCACUGGCUGCCCAUCAACUGAGACACGAGAAAACAUUCAUCUGGGUGUUUGUGCCAGUACUUGGUCUGAUCUUUCUGUAUUUCAUCGCCGCCCUGAUCUAUGCACUGUCCACCACGGCGCCGGAUCACAGCGAGUGCUAUGACAUCUCUUGGAUACAGUUUGCUUCAGGAGAGAUAGCACUCAGCCUUGUCUUCCUAUUGGCUGGUGUUCAAAUCACACGAAAAAUCAACUCCAUCCGCAUGUCCUCCAGUAGCCGACGAUCGCAGAAGAUGGGUCUGUGGGCCAUGAUCACGGCGUUCUUUGCAUCCAGUAUCUGUGCGGUCACAGUGGAUGUCUUUGCUCUGACAAAUCCUAACACUGACUGUGAGAGAAUACUGGGAGAGCAAUUGGGUGGCGGUGAUACUGCCCGCUACAUAAUUGUCCGGAUCUUCCGCUACCUUCUUCCUAUCUGGGCCAUGAUAUUCGUUUUCAAAGUGCCGGAGAAGACCAGGGAGAUGUCAACUGACCAUGAGGAGCCACAUGUUGAUGUGCCCUAUCGCCCUGUCAACGACUAUUAUGGCAGUGUGUCUGCUUUGCCUGGUAGCACCCCGACUGAUGAGACGCGUGGUCUACUGCACAACAACACUCCGCCGCCAAACGGCUCAUUCACGCAAUUCCCACCAAGCUUCCAAUCACCGGUUGCCGGUCGCUGACAAUCCGGGUAAUGAACCUAGCUUGCUGUUGCUAUCCCGCUGUGUCCAGCCAGCAUCAUCUUUGUAUGCGCAUCACUGCUGUAUGGUGAUGCUGGCAAGAGAGGAGCUUGUUUUAUGCUUUUCAAUUGUUUUUAACCAUGUCCGGUGGACAAACUGACUUGUCCGUGCUCCCUUGGCACCGUUUAUCCAGAGUUAUCGUCGCUUCUCCGUCUCUCUCUCUCUCUCUCUCUCUCUCUCUCUCUCUCUCUUCUGUGGAUUUAACUCGCUCUCUGUUCGUCAGUGCAGUUGCCGUUCUCAGAAUCACCGCUGUGAGGUUCUCUGCCAGUCCGGUCUCUACUCUCAUGUUGUCUUCAAUCAUCGGCCCAUCUUCAUCUGCAAGUGUGGUUUGUUGUCGUCAUCGUUGUUGUCGUCGUCGUCAUCGUUGUUGUUAUUGUUGUUGUGGAAAAGAAGAAGUUGUUCUUGUUCGUGUCCGUCAAGCCGUAUCAGUUUAAUGCAUGUGCCUAUCCUCCGCUGGUCGGAGUGGUCGGUUGGCUGCUGUAUGUGACAUCCGUCUUUAACUCUUGCGCUCCAGGCCACCAUGGCCUUCGUCAUCGGAUAUUACAUUUCACUUUUGCACACAUUUUUUUGCUCAUGAUGUACUGCUUCCCAUUGGUCGUCGUCGUCGCAAUUACCGUUUCCAGUCCUCGGAGUUGAGUUGCUCGCCUGUUGCAUCGCUGCCACCAGUUUUACAGAAUAGUCUGCUGCGAGCCUGGUGGUUUUCUCGCCGAUGCUCUGUGUAUGAUUCUUGCCUUCCGGCGUUGUUUGGACCCUGGCGUGUUUUGGUCGGAUACUGUACAGAUAUCUUCCCCGGUGCACUGUGUUGUGCGCGUCUUUCUCUCAGGAAUGGCUUACUAACUUCUGACUAUCCGUUCCUGACUUCUUUCCUGCAUCCAUCUCGCCAAGAGUUGCUUUUCGUAACAUUUAUGUUGAUGCUCUGCUUCCUGACGUGCAUGCGCAUGUGCGAUGCAGUCCGUUGUUGGCUAGGCAACAGGCGUGUGUUGCUGCUGCUGUUGAUAUGUUUUGUGUAAUGAUUCUAACCCCGUUUAAUGCCGCCCGGCCGCCACUGCCGGCUGGAGCAGCUCUCCUCUUCCUAUCCUCUAUUUAUUCUCGAUCUGCUAACGCUGCUCGAGCCCCUUUUGGCAGGCGUUGCAGGCUGACGGUGGUGGUGCUGCCGUGCAUGACUCUCGUCCACUCUCUCGACUGGACUCAUCAAUAUAAUCAUGUGGGCGACUUUCUAAUGUCCGUGUUCCAUGUCCUCGUUUCUCUGACAGCCUCUUGAUUUCGUUUUCGCUGGCCCCAAACCGCUGCUAGCGCGGCUAAUUUCUGAUAACGUACUUGCUCAUUCCAUGCCAUCAACAAUCCACUCAUUUAUAUUGACAUCUGUUGAAGCAACCAUCUUUUUCUUCUUUUUUGUUGCACACCGAAUCUUAUCUCUUUCGAGCUUCUCAGUAUUUGCUGGUGGUUCUGCGCAUAUUUUCGUGCAAUGGCUCUUCUCUCUGUGCCGUCUUCAGUUGAAUUCUUAUUUCCAUGUACAAUGUCAUGUAGUUCUUCUACCCUGAAGUUGAGUUCUUCUUACCUCUCUCUCUGUGCCUUUUUUAUUAUUUUUUUAACCUUCGGCUGUCUUAACACUCCUAAUGCAUUGGCCAACUUGCCUCGGAGGUGUUCGGAGUGAACAUCGUGUUACUGCCAUUUUACUGAAAUCUCUGCUAUGUGUCAGGGUUUUUUUUUAUACUAAUGAUGCGCAUUUUCAGAAUAUUUCCAGUGCCGUCCUCGUCCAGAUUUUAGCUUGUACGUCUCCUUGUUCUUCGUCGAUGGUCGAUAUCUACUGUUGAAUGA